UCUCUGACCAUCGAGAUAUCAGCAAAACAGAUAAAACAAGGAGGAUUACUGUGUGUGAUAGGCAAAUUAUUUAUUUGCGAAAGUGGAAAUCGUCAUGAAGUUAUUUAGGUGUUUAGUGCCAGUAGUGGUGCUGCUAUUAAUUAAGAACUCCUCCGCGAGACCUGGUGUGUUAGGCGAUUUGAUCGGUCAGAACGUUGGUAGAUUGCUGGAUCCACUGGGAGUAUUCAGACCUAAAGGUAGCAAUGCCCACGCUAGCAGCAAUGUUCAGGCUUUGGGAGGAAACGUGAAUUUAGGACCUAUCGGUAUCGGUGGUGGAUUCUCCUCAGCUUCGGCUGAGGCGUCGGCGAACAGCAACGGUGGUUUAGCUUCGGCUUCAGCCAAAGCUGAUGCUCAUGCUAACGGAUAUGGAGGAUACGGUGGUUCGAACGCAAAUGCACAAGCAUCCGCUAAUGCUAAUGCACAAGGUUCUUCGGGAAAUCCUGAGGGGUAUGUUGGCAAUAAUGGUGGAAAUAGCGGUUAUUACCCUGGCGUUUCUCAUCAAGUCAGUCAACCAAAUUACGGAAGUUAUGGUGGCUCUCAGUCCAGUGCUAACGCUAAUUCGAACGCGAAUACCAAUGCCAAUGGCGGAGGGUAUUCUGUUGGUCCCUCUUAUUAUCCUUCUAGACCCCAAGCCAUCGACAAUGCUAACACUAAUGCUAAUGCAAAUGCGAACGCGGGUGCUAACAUCUUAGGUAGUGGCGGCGUGAAUGUGAUUCCCAACAAGUAUCCUGGCGGAGGAAUAGAUAAAAUAGAAGUAAUUCCCAUAAACACACUGCCGCUUUCUCAACCAACUUCGCCUGUCUAUUCGAUACCUCACCGGCCGCAAGGAACUAAUAAGGGAAAUGUGAUCGUCGUUGUCGAGGAAUCCCCGCAAUAUCCGCCGUAUCAUCGUCCGAGUCCUCCCCAUCGCCAUCAUCACCAACGUCAACCGCAUUAUGGUAAACCAAAACAGCAGCCCAUCGAGGUCAUCAUCAUUGAAGAGUCAAGGCCUAAUCCAGCUGGUGGCGGAAAUGGCGGUAUUCAAGGAACCCAUCCUGGAUAUAAAGACAAUCCGUUUUUAUCCAAUGGUGCUGGAUCAAACGCUAAUGCUAAUGCCCACGCUAGUGCUAACGCUCAAGCAGGUGCGAGUGCAAACGGCGGAGGUGGACACAAUUAUCAACAAGGUGGAUAUCAGCAAGGUGGAUAUCAACAAGGUGAAUAUCAGCAAGGCGGAUAUCAAUCAGGAGGAUAUCAACAAGGCGGACAUCAACAAGGUGGCAGCUACCCAAUAGAAUCAUCAGGACAUGAAAAUCCAAUUGGCAGUAAUAAUCCUUUUCUGUAUCCCGACGGGCAUUCCAGUGGCAACGUCGGUGCUAAUGCUAACGCAAAUGCUGGAGCUGGUGCCAUCGCCGGAGGACAACCGAUAGGUACCAAUAAUCCGUUUCUUAAUGGUGGCGUAUCCCAAAAUAUCGGAGGAGGAAACUAUCCAGGAAGUUCAAGCGUUUUGAGCGAUAAACCCAAAGGGGGGAGCAUUUCUACCACUUAUCCGGGACAAUCAUCCGGAGGAUUCCCUGGCUCAUUCGGAUCGGCGGGAGCCAAUGCUGGCGCCAACGCCAAUGUCGGCGCUGGAGCUGGUGGUGUUGGAGGAGGUCCGAUCAAACAAAACCCAAUAGUUAACUCUGGUGGACAUGGUGGCGGAUCUUCAGGAGUUCUUGGUGGUUACGAAGAUCACGGAUCUAGUCCAAACUUCGAUGGAUUUGGAGGACAAGUCGGUGGUUUAUCUGGUGCUAACUCUAAUGCUAAUGCUAACACUGGAGCCACUAACACUGGAGGAUCUGAUGGACAUGGACCCAUUUUCGGAGAGUCCGGAGGUCACGGGGGAUCCUCCGGAUACGGUGGGGGCUCUUUCGGUGGUCAAGGCAGUGGAUUUGGAACCGAUGGUGCAAAUAUUCACGGUGGACAUGCUGGAGGUUCUUCCGGAGCCAACGCUAACGCCAACGCUAAUGCCAAUGCCAAUGUCGGAACCGCCGGAACUAUUCAUGGAACUAUCCCCGGAGGAUCUGGAAGUCACGGAGGAUAUGGCGAAGGCUCGCUCAGUGGCCACGGUAGCGGUGGAUGUGCACAAUGUGGCUCUUUCGGUCUUGGUGGAUAUGGCGGUGAUUCUUCUGGUGCUAAUGCCAAUAGUAACGCCAAUGCUAACGCUGGAAGUUUCGGUGGCUCUGGUGGAUACGGAAACGAUGUUAAAGGAACAGGACAGGCCGGAGGACAUGGUGGUCAAAGCGGAUUCGGUAAUCAAGGCGGAUUCGACGGAUCAGUCGGAGGAGGCUCAAACGCCCACGCACAGGCGUCUUCUAAUGCAAUUGCGUCCGGCGGUGGAUCGGCAUCAGCAAAUAGCAAAUCGUCAGCUCUCGUUAACGGAUCAGGAUCCGCAAAAGCCGACGCGUCCAGCAGUGCGUCUUCAGGAUCUUACGGUGAAAUAGGACCGAAAAGUUCAGCGUCAAGUCAAGCAUCAGCUUCAGCCGAUACCAGGGAUAUGCUGAUUUUUAAUUAAACAUUGUGAUAUAACGAAAGGAAUCGACGAGGAAACUCGAAAGUCUUCUUGGCCAUAAUAGCGAUAUAAUACUCCGAUUUAUAUUUCGAUGUUCCACGAACAAACUUACUUACGCGGAAUAUUAUAUUGUUUAAUUUUGCGACGAGAAUUAGAGAUUAAUUAUUGAAAAAUUAGAAGUAUGCAUAUCAUAAAACUGUCUAUUAAUAAAUACGUUUAAAUUGAUAAUCACGAGUUAUAAAUUUGAACGUAUUGUUAGAAAUUGUCAUUAUAAAUAGGAGAUUUGAUGUCGAAAAUAAGUAUAAUUUUAAAAAUAGAUAAACACAGUCUUGAGCAUUUAUUAGAAAACGUGUAAGGACAACUAUUUAUUUAUAUUUAUAUUGCAAAUCGUGUUGAAGGCAGAUCGAAUAUUGUUUCGCUCGAUGUAAUGAAAUGUGUAAGAUGAAAAUUACGACAUCAGAACUUAAGACAAAAAGUUUUUUGGCUCAUAGAAAUAUAAUUUAUAGACAAGCCCGUUUUCAGUUAAUUAAUGACAUAUCUGCCUUAGACUAAAUCAUUUUUAUAUUCAUAUCCAAGACAUUCUGUAAUCAGA